UUUUUAAUAUUUUAGAUUUGGUAAGAAAAAAUCAUGAUCAUAUUGCUCGGAACCCUCCAAAAUCUGACAAUCAUCACAAGUCCUAAAAUCCGAUCAUUGCAAUUAUUUGUACGUAGGCAGACAGAAGUUCGGCAGGCAGAAGUUUAACUUGCAUUCCAAAUAGCUUUCAAAGGAGAUUUUAUCUUACCGCCCCAGUUAAGGUGACAGCAUUAGAGGAAUUUUUACCAGGUGCCUUAAAUCAAAUUAACUGCCGUGUAAAUGGGCUUGACUUCCCACGAAAAAGAGGGUGUUAAUAGCACAGUUUUUACAACGACCACGAUAGUGCAUUAUUUGCUUUUCUAAUAACUAAGUCAACUACUAUUACUGAUUGCAAUUGCAGUGGUUAGGGGGGUUAUACAUGACCGAUUAGCCAAUAAAUUUUAGGAGUAUUUUAGCAGCUAAUUUUGGAAUGUCGUCCUGGCAUUCUCCAGCUUUUACUACCCAUGAGCACAUGCAACAAUGUCACUUCAUUCAUCCAGCAAAUGUUGUGUCAACUGUUUGCUUAUCACUCAACCGUCUCCGUCUGUAUUUGCCACAAUCCAUCCGUAGUAUUUCGAAAACCCGUGACUCGUAAGGUGGGACUUCCCCAUUAUUUGUCAAAUAUGGUAUGUGGGGUUACUUACACGGUAACAGGGGGUAACUUUAGUAUAUCUGAUUAGCCUGGCGCCGUACAUCUGUUCAUAAACUUGUCAAGUGGAGUGCCCGCCAGUAACUGUGCAAUUCAUGAUAUUACCUUUUCAACGAGUCACGAGUGACUCACCUGCUCCGGAUGCAAUUGCAAUCGUCAUCGUCAUCGCUAUAGACCUCCCCCGUUCCCUCCCAAAAUGUAAUUAUCGGAUGGAGGUUGUUUAUAAUGGCCCGAUCUCAUUCCUGGGCCAAAAUGCAAGUGGUUAGCACUAGUGGUAGUGGGCAAAAUGAAGGCGAGGAACGAAAGCAAAAUGUCGUCAACUAUUUUUAUUUUCGGUCGAGACGCGACAGACAAGCCGAAGAUCAGAACGAGGGGAAAUCCUACAUUGAAGACGGAGGAUCGGAUCCCUAUAAAUAGAGGGGCUGGGGCACUGUGUUCACUCUCCUCCAAAUUUUUGCUAAAGGGGGCCCCAAACUCAUUUAUCAUUCAACUCUUCCAUCGAUUGGCAAGCGUUCAAUUUAUUUAUAUAAAAGCAAAUAUCAUUUAUAAUUGGCUUGGAAUAAUGGUCCAAAUGAAAAUUCAAGAUGACGCGUUUAAAGUUUACAUAACUUUCAUAUCAUUUGCAAUAUUUAAAAAAUACUUUGUGAUGGUAAUUUCCUAUUUUUAAGUCUCAUUCUUUAAGAGACAGCUCAACCAGUUAUACAAUUUUGUAACGCACUGCAUUAUGCACACACUUUUUGCCUGGGGUUAAUUACAUUUUAUUUUAAUUUCACAUUUCGUUUGCUUUGUUUUGAUUUCCUUGACUUGACUUGACUUGACGACGACUACGACGACGACGACGACGCAAAAGCUGAAACAAAGAAAUGAAAAUAUAUCUGUAUCUCUGGGCGCACGAGACAAGUGCGAACACUUUCCCACCCACAACCCAACCGCCCGCCGCAUUUUCCGCCACUCAGCUCCACUUCACUUCGCUACAUGUCAUUAUUGAAAUUCCAUUAUCUACGAGAAGCGGAACUUCCCUUUUUUUUACUCAAAAAAAAAAAUAAAUAAAAAAACAGCUGCAAUAAAAAACAAAAAGCCAGGCAUAAAAGUGUUUCUGACCAAGAAUGAUAUAGAAAGAACAGCAGACACAUCUGUUUUUGUUUAGCGUUAUAUUAAUUUGACCAUUAAUGGUGACUAGUUCACCAUUAAAUGUAGUCUUGCAACAUUGAAGAAGUAUUCAAGUAUUCACAGGAAUAAACUUAAGGUUUUCAUUAAGAAAAGUUAGUCAUUUUCUUAAGAUAGUAAAAAAAUUGAUCAAUUCUUAACUGAAACAACAUUUUGGAAUACUAAGAAAGAGUAGAAAUCCCAUUGCCAGAUCGCCGGGCAUCCCCUACAUAUCUUCAUUAUCAUAUUAUCAUUAUCACGACGAGAUCGUGAUGGCCGUUGCAACCGCUAUCGCUCGUUCGUUCGUGCGAUUCGCAAAAAUGCAGCAGCCACAAAAAAAGAAAGAAAAAUAAAUAAAACAGUGCAAAAUCACAAAAAAAAAAAGAAAAAAAAAUAAUGAAAGAACAGGCAGAAAACACGGUUCCGUAUAAAUAAAACAGACGACAAAAACGACGAGUGGCAACUUUGGGGACAGGGAAAAAACUGCGCCAGUUUGCGCUGAAUUUUCACGCGACGCAGAUCGCGUUUCCAAAAGCCAGUCCCAUGGAUCUUUACUUAAAUUAAACAAAAUUAAAUAAAAAUAAUAUAUAUAUAAAUAAAUAUAUAAGUAAAGAGGAAACGGGAAGUGCAAGUGACGGAAAAAAAAGGAGAUAUGUCGACGGCUCUGGUUUAUUGGCAGUCAACAAGCGGCGGCGAUGCAGUUGACAAGGCCGCCACGGAUUGGGCGGCAUUUGUCGUUGGUCCAGCACCUGGUGGCAGUUUCAAUAGCACCAGCAGCUUGAGCCACCAUCACUACAACAGCAGCAGUAGCAGCAGCAGCAACAAUAACAACAACAGCCAUCACAAUCACCAUCAUCCGCCUCAUUACAUCAAUUAUUUGGCGCAAAUUGGCUGCCAGCAUCGUGUCAGAAAUUGGCCAACAAAUGGCAAUCAGGAGGCGGAUGGCGAUUGCGAUGACGAUGGUGAUGGCGAUGGCUAUGCUGAUGGUUAUGGCCAUCAAAUCAUCUCAAAAUUCCAGCCCAAAAGUGCUUGGAACACAGUGGAUGCAGAACGAAAACGAUCUCGAGAUCAAGUCGAUGGCAAUCUGUUGGUGACUCAGGGAUCAUCAUUGAGGAAUAGAACAGAGGAACCAAUAUAUUAUACUAUAUCCGCUUAUGGGUCCAGCGGAGGCAGCGUCGCCGUCGACGCAGCUCAGAUCAGCGGGAGCGGGGGCGGAAGACAACGCCACGCCCCCCUCUACGGACGCUUCGUCGGCGAAGAGGAACUGCCUGCCACGCAUCGGGAUGUCAUGCAUCAUCACUCUAGUCCCUCGUCUUCGUCGGAGGUGCGCGCCAUGCAGGCCCGUAUACCCUCCCACUUUCGGGACCCCGCCUCGGGACCUUUGCGCAAGCUGAGUGUCGAUCUGAUAAAGACCUACAAGCACAUCAAUGAGGUUUACUAUGCGAAAAAGAAACGCCGUGCCCAGCAGACGCAAGGAGACGACGACUCGUCCAAUAAAAAGGAGCGAAAGCUGUAUAACGAUGGCUAUGACGACGAUAAUCACGACUAUAUAAUCAAGAAUGGCGAAAAGUUUUUGGAUCGCUACGAGAUUGACUCGCUGAUCGGCAAAGGCAGUUUUGGCCAGGUGGUAAAGGCUUACGACCAUGAAGAGCAGUGCCACGUGGCGAUCAAGAUAAUUAAGAAUAAGAAACCGUUCCUAAACCAGGCACAGAUCGAGGUCAAGCUGCUCGAGAUGAUGAACCGGGCGGAUGCCGAAAACAAAUACUACAUCGUUAAGCUCAAGCGGCACUUCAUGUGGCGCAACCACCUGUGCCUGGUGUUCGAGCUGCUCUCAUACAACCUGUACGACCUGCUGCGGAACACCAACUUCCGGGGCGUUUCGCUGAACCUCACGCGCAAGUUCGCCCAGCAGCUGUGCACCGCACUGCUCUUCCUCAGCACCCCCGAACUGAACAUAAUUCACUGUGAUUUGAAGCCCGAGAACAUCCUGCUGUGCAAUCCAAAGCGCUCGGCGAUUAAGAUCGUCGACUUUGGUAGCUCCUGCCAGCUGGGACAGCGGAUCUACCACUACAUCCAAUCGCGGUUUUACCGCUCGCCGGAGGUACUGCUGGGCAUCCAGUACGACCUGGCCAUCGAUAUGUGGUCGCUGGGCUGCAUUCUGGUCGAGAUGCACACUGGUGAGCCGCUCUUCUCUGGCUGCAACGAGGUGGACCAGAUGAACAAGAUCGUCGAGGUGCUGGGCAUGCCGCCCAAGUAUCUACUCGACCAGGCGCACAAGACCCGCAAAUUCUUCGAUAAGAUCGUGGCCGAUGGCUCCUAUGUGCUGAAGAAGAAUCAGAAUGGGAGAAAAUACAAGCCGCCAGGAUCACGUAAACUACACGAUAUCCUUGGAGUGGAAACAGGCGGUCCAGGUGGCCGGCGUCUAGAUGAGCCUGGUCACUCCGUUUCCGAUUAUCUCAAGUUCAAGGAUCUGAUCCUGCGCAUGCUCGACUUUGACCCCAAGACCCGGGUAACGCCCUACUAUGCCCUGCAGCACAACUUCUUCAAGCGCACGGCAGACGAGGCGACCAAUACGAGCGGCGCAGGCGCCACAGCGAAUGCCGGAGCCGGUGGCUCUGGAUCAAGCGGAGCAGGAGGAUCUGGUGGAGGAAGUGGUGGCGGUGGCCUUGGAACGAGCAGCAGCAGUAGCGGUGCGGUCUCCUCAUCAAGUGCAGCAGCUCCAACGGCGGCGACAGCAGCGGCCACGGCCACAGGAUCAUCUGGUUCGGGUUCAAGCGUCGGCGGAGGAUCCUCUGCAGCGCAGCAACAGCAGGCGAUGCCGCUACCCUUGCCCCUGCCGCUGCCACUGCCGUUGCCACCACUUGCGGGUCCUGGCGGUGUGUCGGAUGCCCAGUGUCAUGGCCUGCUAAUGCAUUCGGCGGCGGCCAACGCGAUGAACAACUUCUCCGCUCUGAGCCUACAGCCCACCGCCCAUCCGCCUCCAUCGCUGACCAAUAGCCAUCACAGCAGCAACAGCCUCGGCAGCCUGAAUCACAUCAGUCCCGGCAGCAGCAACAGCAACAACAACGCACGGCACAAUCGUCUUUAUGGUGGCAACAUGGUGGGUCACCACAACAACAGCAGCAACAACAACAACAACAACAGCAGCAACCACAACAGCAUCAGCUAUCCGCACGCCAUGGAAUGUGAUCCGCCGCAAAUGCCGCCACCGCCGCCGAAUGGUCAUGGCAGGAUGCGUGUACCGACGAUCUUGCAACUGCAACCGAAUAACUAUGCACCCAAUUCGGUGCUCUAUUAUGGCAACAUGUCCUCGGCAGCAGCAGCUGCGGCAGCGGCCUCCCAUCUAAUGAUGACCGAUUCGAGUGUGAUCAGUGCCUCGGCGGCAGGUGGUGGCCAAGGCGGUGGCAAUCCUGGACCGAAUCCAGUGCCGCCCUUGGCUGCUGCCUUUCUCUUUCCAUCACAGCCCGCCGGAACGCUCUAUGGAACGGCGCCCGCCUCGCUGAGCGAGCUACCGCUGCCGCCACUGCCGCUGCCACUGCCACUGCCCAUGCCCAUGUCCAUGCCCCUGCAACUGCCGCCCUCAUCGUCGUCAUCCUCCUCCACGGCAUCGGGAGGUACAUCUGGUGGAGUGGGUGUUGUUGGCCAAAGGCGGCAUAUCAGCGGACCCGGAUCGCAGGUAGAUAUCUCUCAAAAUGCUGGCGGUGGCAGCAAUUCAGCCACUGGAGCCAGCAGCAGCGAUGCCUCCUCGUCGUCGCCCAUGGUGGGCGUUUGUGUUCAACAGAAUCCUGUAGUUAUACAUUAGCAUAAACUGGAUAAAAGCUAAAAACUUUAGAUGCCCGCUUAAUAUACUAUUUUUUUUUCACACCCUUUGCCGCUCUCUGCUGCUAUUUAUUGCAACGCCACCCACCACCACCGCCCAGCCAAGGAACCACCUAAUCACCAACGCAGCAGUACUCAAGGUGGUCCAAAAUCGGGAGCCUUAUAUCACGGCUAACGCCAGGACAAGGCUGAGUUAUCUUUACCCAAAAUUGAUUAGUUAUGACCCGAUUUCAUUUUAUGGCAUUCUCAAUUCUUUGAAAUGUCUCAAAGAUUUUUAUGCUAGGUUUUUCUUUAAAUGUAUUUUUCAAGUUUUUGAGUUUUGUAAGAUUUGUUCGAAAUCUUAAAAAAAUUCCUUCGUUUUCUUAUGAUAGUUUUAAUAAUAUUAGAGUUUAUUGUGACGAAUAUUUACAAAUAUGCUUUAAAUAUUUAUUUUUAUUUAUCAAUAUUUGUAAAGCAAAUAUGCUUUUAUGAAUAGCACUAACUUGACAUCGAUAAACUCGUUUGAAAAUUUACUUCAAAAUGUUUAACCAUCAUUAAAAACUUUUUGAGCCAAGGAUAGGUUAAAUUCAAAACGGAAGUCUAUAUAACCAUUAAGUUUCGCAAAGGUUUAUGAAAGUUCUUUUUUAGAGCAGAUUUAAGCUGCGGAAUUUAAUUUUGAAAUUUUUCAGUUAAGAAAACCCUUUCAGUUCUUCGUUAACUGGGACAUAAGGCAACCGAUUUCAACCACUACACCACAGACACAUCCAAACUAUAAAUACAUUAACAUUAACUAGCUGAAAUUGACCCUCAUUAUUUACCCACGAAAAACACAUACAAAAACUCACUCACCUGCGGUUUUUACUAAUUAGUCACUUCGCGCUCUCACCGCCGCGUCCACAUCACUGACCACGCCCCCAUUCCUUCUGAAUUGAGGCGUGGAUCGUGAGUGGGCCAGUUAAAGGAUUCGGCAGAGUUUAUUUUUUUUACAUGCUAGAAACUAUUUUUUUUUUGGUCUAAUUAUAAUGUUUAAUUUUAUGCUGUAUCCGUAACGACAUAACUUUACUUUAAAUAAACGAAUCAAAAUUAAA